AUGCGAUUUUUGUCGUAUUUAUUGCUGGUGAUGAUGGCAGAGGUUGUUUUGACUAAGGAAGGAGUAAUUGCUGGUGGUGACAACACAUUGAACAACUCUGGCACUACAGCAAACAUUCGACAAUUGCAGUUACCCGAGUUCACAGAUCCUGUUAUUAUCGUUGGUGUGGUUUGGCUGGUCUCUCUGCUACACUUGAGGCAAUACACGACGGCGCAAAUGUUGUUCUUGUUGAAGGUGAAAAGGAUUUGGGUGGUAACAGCGAAAAGGCAUCAAGCGGAAUAG